AUGCUUCCAUGGGAGAUCCAAGCUCAAAAAGCCAGAGAUAUUCUUUCAAGCUCUAUUCCCAAGCAAUGGCUCAUCCCCGCAGAUAAAGUACCUUCGCCUGAUGUGAAGAAUGUGGAGGACUUUCCGCGCAAGAGCGGGUUGUUCUCGGAGCACGAGCUGACCAUCACCGAGAUGUCUGCCACAGAGUUGGUGCGGAAGAUGGGUUCAGGAAAGCUUACAGCAGAGGAGGUGGUGGUAGCUUUCUUGAAGCGUGCCGUGGUGGGACAUCAACUGCUCAACUUUGCGACAGAGUUCCUUGCAGACAAAGCUAUUGCGCGGGCCAGGGAGCUGGACCAAUAUUUUAAGGAUACUGGAAAGCUGGUUGGGCCGCUGCAUGGAGUGCCCAUCAGCGUCAAGGAGCACAUCGGAAUCAAGGACCUGACCUGUAAUGGCGGCUAUGUAGCAUGGGUAAACGACAUUGCAACGGAGGAUGCGCUCCUCCUACAAUGCCUCGAAAAAGCUGGAGCUGUCUUCCACGUCCGCACUAAUCAACCGCAAUCUCUCAUGCAUCUUUGCUGUAGCAACAACCUGACUGGCACGACACUAAAUCCACACAAUCUUACUCUCAGUCCCGGGGGCUCCUCUGGGGGCGAGGGCGUCUCGACAGGCUUCAAGUGCGCUCCUCUGGGCAUUGGCACAGACAUCGGGGGCUCAAUUCGCUGUCCAGCGGCAUUCUGUGGCUCGUAUGGAUUUCGUCCGACCGCGCUACGCAACCCAAUGACAGGGAUUAAGGCGCCAGAGCCGGGCCAAGAAUCAAUUCGCGGCGUUGUUGGACCUCUCGCUAGUCAGAGUGUGGCAGAUCUCGAACUCUUCCAACAGGCUGUCCUUGACCAAGAGCCCUGGGAGACCGAAACCUCGAUCCCGCCAGUACCGUGGCGACGAGUGCAGGCUACGAAGCAAAUGACUGUUGGAAUCCUGUGGGAUGACGGAAUCGCUCAUCCGCAUCCCCCGGUAACCCGCGCUCUCAGACAGGCCAAAUCCAAGCUCGAAGCAGCCGGCAUCAAAGUCGUGGACUGGGAACCGUACAAGCACGACCACGGCUGGGACAUCAUCUCCAAAAUGUACUUUCCUGACGCGGCCCUCCUCCAACGUACCCUAAUCACCGCAUCGGGCGAACCCACCCUUCCUCUGACGUCGUGGGCGUUCCACUACAGCAAACCCAAUCCCCUCACUGUAGCUGAGGCCUGGAACCUAAACGCUCAACGUGAUAUCUAUCGCGAUGAGUAUCAAGCCCUGAUGCGGUCUCGCGGUGUCGAUUUUAUCCUCUGCCCCGCGUACGUUGGCGUCGCUGCCGUGCUGGGUGAAAGCCACUACUGGAAUUAUACAGCCAUCUGGAAUAUUCUAGACCAGCCGGCUGUAGUGUUUCCUAGUGGGCUGUUCGUCAGAAAAGAUGAGCUGGCAGACGAAGGAAAGGAGUAUGAACCGCGGGCGAACGGGGUCGAUGAACAGGAAUGGGCGAAAUGGACGGUUGCCGGAGCAGAAAGGUAUGAGGGAGCGCCUGUGGGCUUGCAGUUGGUUGGAAAACACUUCAAGGAUGAGGAAACAUUGGCAGCGGCUGGGUUGGUGAGUGAGGUUCUUUCCGAUGCUUAGGG